AUGAACUUGCAACCCGGCGAUCAGAUGUCGGACAACAGUUCUAUACGUUCAGAAGGGAAGGCAAUGCCUCACAUCCGACUCAACUCGGGCCAGCAAGAUCCUUUUAUGGACUCAAAUGAGGGUUACGCCCCUUUCACAUCGCGUACCUUCCCCCGGCCGUUGACGCCGCAGGGCCCUGAUCCUGUGCUGCCAGUAGGUGCUCAAGGGAUGUCACCGUAUGGCGUGUCAAAUGUCCCUGAAUCAUCGGAGUUCCUCUUGCCUCCGAAGUUGCGUCCCUCGCAAGGACAGAGUGCGAGUGACAUUGAUCGGCCCCGGUCUCCAGACCGGUGGUCUGGAUCUCGCUCGAGUAUCAGCUCUAUCAGCCGCGAGAGCACAUUCCCCUUGGAUCCGUUCCGUGAUUCGAGAGGUCCUUCGCGCGCUGGCAGUGACGACAACGAUGUCAAUACACAGACCGUUUCGGAAAAGUUCAAUAUCAUGCCGACUGAUGGAUUGCUUUUGUUCCCUGAGGAUGUCGAGAAGGAUGACGAUAUGCACAACCCGGACCCGGCGGACCAAGAUCGAGACUGUGAUAUCUGGAAUCGACGCGGUAUCUUGAAUGUCGGUGGUCUGCUGGUUUUGACACUAGGCUUGCUUGUGCUUUUCAUUGGUUAUCCUCUCAUAACAUGGUUGAGAGGUCCUCCGAAACCGGCCGGGGUGUGUCACCCUGGAGACACGCUGUGUUUGGAGGUUGGGGACAGACCACUGUUAGAGAACCUGCGCAGAGGCCUGAUUGACCCUGAUACGCCUAAAGAGGCGCUUACCAAGAAGAACCUCAAUGGCAAGGAUAUGAAGCUAGUGUUCUCUGAUGAAUUCAACAUGCCCGGUCGAACUUUCUACGAAGACGAUGACCCAUACUUUGAAGCUGUGGAUCUGUGGUAUGGAGUCACAGCGGACAAAGAGUGGUACGAUCCCGAUGCAGUAACUACAUCAGAAGGUACCCUUGUACUUCGAUUUGACCAAUUUGAAAACCACGACCUCAAAUAUCGCUCCGGUAUGGUCCAGAGCUGGAACAAGCUCUGCUUCAAGGGAGGCCGCCUCGAAGCCAGCAUGUCACUUCCAGGCGAUGGACACAUCGAGGGUUUCUGGCCUGGUUUCUGGGCAAUGGGUAAUCUCGGUCGUCCUGGUUAUGCUGCUACUACCGAUGGUAUGUGGCCGUACAGCUAUCACGAUGGCUGUGAUGCGGGUAUCACUCCGAAUCAAAGUGCUCCGGAUGGAAUCAGCUGGCUGCCCGGUAUGAGGUUACCAGGAUGUGCCUGUCCUGGCUCUGAUCAUCCUACUCCUGGAUUUGCUCGCAGUGCUCCCGAAAUCGAUGUUCUUGAAGGAAGCACUGCCCCAUUGUAUGGUGACAGCGGUCCAUACGUUGGCAGUGCAUCACAGAGUAUGCAGAUUGCACCAUUCGACUUGUGGUACAUGCCAGACUAUGACUUCGCCGCCGUGUACGAUCCCCGUGUCACUGAAAUCAACACCUACCGAGGUGGCGUGUACCAACAAGCAAUGUCAGGUCUUACCAACCUGAACACUCGCUGGUACAAUGAGACAGAAUAUCAAACGUACUCCUUUGAGUAUACUCCGGGAGCGGAAGGCGAGGUUACCUGGUUUGUGGGCGCCGAAAAGACCUGGACACUGGAUGCCCGCGCCAUUGGGCCCAAUGGAAACGUCGGACAGCGCACUAUUCCACUUGAACCUCUCUCCCUAAUUAUGAACCUUGGUAUGGCGGAUAACUUCGCGCCGCAGAACAAGAGUAUUCACGAUUACAUGCCUGCUUACUUACGCUUCGACUACGUCCGCAUCUACCAAGAUCCGGAUGAUGAGAGUGUGACUUGUGACCCUCCUGGUUAUGAAACGACCCAGUAUAUUGAGAAACAUCGCAAAGCAUAUGAUAAUGCCAACUUUACACUUUGGAACCAUGCUGGAUAUGAAUGGCCUAAAAACUCUUACAUGCAUGAUUGUCCAUCUCACUAG